AUGUCCUGUCUUAACUGUUUUUCAUCUAAAUCUUAUUUAAGCCAACAUCAGAUAAUCCAUACUGGUGAAAAGCCCUACAUAUGUACUCAGUGUGGGAAGCGUUUCCUUCAUAAAUCUUCUUUAAAUAAACAUCAGAGAAUUCAUACUGGUGAAAAGCCCCACCAAUGCUCUCAAUGCGGGAAGUGUUUUUCAGGUAAAUCUCAAUUAAGCAUCCAUCAGAGAAUCCAUACUGGUGAAAAGCCCUAGUGUACUCAGUGUGGAAAGUGUUUUUCAGCUAAAUCUCAUUUUAGCGAACAUCAGAGAAUUCAUACUGGUGAAAAGCCCUAUGCAUGUACUCAAUGUGGGAAGUGUUUUUCAGGUAAAUCUCAUUUAAGCCUCCAUCAGAGAAUUCAUACUGGUGAAAAACCUCACAAAUGUACACUGUGUGGGAAGUGUUUUUUCACAAAAGGUGAUUUAAGCAAACAUGAGAUUAUUCAUGCUCGUGAAAAGCCCUUCAAAUGUGAUAAGUGUGAGAAGUGUUUUCAUCGGAAAACUAAUUUAAAUAAGCAUCAGAUAAUUCAUACAGGUGAAAAGCCCUACAAAUGUGAUCAGUGUGGAAAGUGUUUUUCAGCUAAAUUACAUUUAAGCACCCAUCAGAGAAUUCAUACUGGUGAAAAGCCCUACAAAUGUACGCAGUGUGGGAAGUGUUUUUCAACUAAAUCUUAUUUAAGCAUCCAUCAGAUAAUCCAUACUGGUGAAAAGCCUUCCACAUGUACUAAGUGUGGAAAGUGUUUCACAUGUACAUCUAAUUUAAGGAGGCACAGGAACAUUCAUACAGGUGAAAACACCUAG